UUAAUCAAAUAUUUUUUUAAAAAGUAAAACUGACAUACACACAUGAUACUCAUCUUUAGUACAAUAGAUUAAAGGGUAUAAGAAUACAUUCGUAAGAUAAUAUAUAGAACAAUAGUAGUAACAUGCACAUGCCCAUGAUACCAUGCACAUGCAAAUGUCUCUCUCUCCUUUUCUACGUUUCUAUAUAAUCCAAAGACUCAUUACACAACACCACUCUAUAUCAAACAUUUCUUUUAAAAAUGAGAAAGUUGUUGGCAUCGCCGUUUAGUUCAUUACUCGCCGUCGUUUUCAUUUCCGUCAUCUCCGUCGUCAGAUGCUGCUCUCCUAAAGAUCAGACGGCUCUCAAUGCUUUCAAGUCGUCACUGAGCGAACCAAACCUCGGUAUCUUCAACACUUGGUCUGAAAACACUGAUUGUUGCAAGGAAUGGUACGGUAUCAGCUGCGAUCCUGAUUCGGGUCGGGUCACUGAUAUUUCUCUCCGGGGAGAAUCUGAAGACGCCAUUUUCCAAAAGGCAGGCCGGUCCGGUUAUAUGUCCGGUUCGAUUGAUCCAGCAGUUUGUGACUUAACCGCACUCACUUCCCUCGUUCUCGCCGACUGGAAAGGAAUCACCGGAGAGAUUCCUCCGUGCAUUACUUCCCUAGCUUCGCUCCGUAUCCUCGAUCUCGCCGGCAACAAGAUCACCGGGGAGAUUCCCGCGGAAAUCGGCAAACUCUCGAAACUCGCUGUUUUAAACCUCGCCGAGAAUCAAAUGUCCGGCGAGAUUCCGGCGUCACUGACGUCACUCAUCGAGUUGAAGCAUCUUGAAUUGACGGAAAAUGGAAUCACCGGCGUGAUCCCGGCCGAUUUCGGAUCGUUGAAGAUGUUGAGCAGAGUUUUACUGGGCCGUAACGAACUAACCGGGUCAAUUCCAGAGUCGAUCUCGGGUAUGGAACGGUUAGCGGAUCUGGAUCUAUCCAAAAACCAUAUCGAAGGUCCGAUACCCGAAUGGAUGGGUAACAUGAAGGUACUCUCACUUUUGAAUCUCGAUUGCAAUUCGUUAACCGGUCCAAUCCCCGGUUCGCUUCUUAGCAAUUCCGGUUUAGAUGUUGCCAAUUUGAGCCGAAAUGCGUUGGAAGGAACUAUACCCGACGUUUUCGGGUCAAAAACGUAUUUAGUUUCGCUUGAUCUGUCACACAAUAGUCUAUCGGGUCGGAUCCCGGAUUCGUUGUCGUCAGCUAAGUUUGUGGGACAUUUGGAUAUUAGCCAUAACAAGCUUUGUGGGCGUAUUCCAACGGGUUUUCCUUUUGAUCACCUUGAAGCUACGUCGUUUAGUGACAACCAAUGUCUCUGCGGUGGCCCUUUGACGACGUCAUGUUAAUAACAAGGAUAUGGUUUCUGGUUUUACUGAACCGGGUUAUUCUUUUUGCUGUUGCUCUUGUUCGUUGUAUCAAACUUGUGAUAUUUUGCUUUUCAUUUCUUCGUCUUUCAGAUUUUAGUUUCUAAAGCUAAGAUAUGUUACUGGCAACGGACAGGUACACCGAUCCAAUAUGGUUUGCGGUCUAUGUACAAUGAAUCCGGAUGUAAAAUCAAAAGCAAUGUUAUAGAAUUUAAUUUCAAGAUCUAGAAAUGGCCAUGACUUCACAUUCCGACACAAUGCCCAUACCAUUCUGAUUCUCACAAAUUUUCUUAAGGA